AUGGAGAGAUACAGAGUGGGCGGGGCCUCGACAGCAAGACGCACACCCCGAGCUCGUCGACGGCCCGAGCACACACAGCUCACUCGUUCAACCCCGCUCCAAUCUAACCAAUUCGAAGAAAGAAGAAUGGCCGCCGUCGCAAAGCCAAAAGCCAAAGCCGCCACGAAGCCCAAGGCGCCAAAAGUAAAGAAAGCCAAGGUUUCCAAGAAGGCUACAAAGCCUAAGGCUGCCAAGAAACCAAAGGCCAAAAAAGCCAAGAAAUCACCAAAGAAGGCCGCUGCCCCAAAAGCUAAA